ACUGCCUGUCUGGGGGCCCUGGGGCUGCUGUUCCUGUGGUAAUGUGGCAGCUGGGACCAUGGCCAGCUUCAGUCUGCCUGGCAUCACAUAAGCCAGCCCACAGGAUCCUGCAGCUUGUCCUUUCUGGCUGGAAGCUCUGGGCAUAGCCUGGGACUGGGUCUCUCCCAAGAAGGCUGUAGCCAGGGCCCUGCCAGCCUCGGGGGCCACAGCAGCUCUCACACCAGCAUCUUGCUGGACAGGAGCAGUUCCAGGACACUCUGAUCACACCUGAUCAUUGUCACUGCCAGAAUUCAAGGCAGCUGCCUGCCAUGGCCGAGAGGUGCACCACAGCUUAAUCCGCUCAGUGAUGGACUCCAGUGCCCGCAAGAUGUCUCACCCGAGUAAGAAGUGGAGGAUCCAGGCCCAGGAGAAUUUUGCCAAGAAGUUUCCAUACAGGUUGUCGUGGCUGACAGAGCCCGACCCUGAGCCCCUGCAGCCCUGGGAGGUCACAAAAAACUCAAACACGGUGCAACUGCCCCUGCAGAAGAGGUUGGUGCCAACGAGGUCCAUCCCAGUCCGAGGGCUUGGGGCUCCAGAUUUUACAUCACCAUCUGGCUCCUGCCCGGCACCACUACCAGCACCAUCACCACCUCCACUGUGCAGCCUUUGGGAACUCAAGUUGCUGAGUCGCCGCUUCCCCAGACAAGUCGCCUUCCUGCUGUCCGCCCGGCACACUGAGGCUGCCUGCCCCCAGACCAGCGAGGCGGCAGGGCCGUCCAGGGGCCUCUCCUAGAGCCUGGGCUCUGUGUGUGGCCUUCUUAUUGGCCACCUUCUCCUUGGCGGGCUCUGGGCAGUAGCCACAGAGACUUUAGUAAAGGGAUCAGCCUUCAUGGCCAUCAUAGACCAGGAGUGGUUUGUGGUCCCCCCAAAAAAGCUACACCAAGCUAAUAAACUGCGGGUUCCCACCCCACUUCCAGUUGGAAUGA